AAGCCUUUCAGUUAAGACUUUUGCCAUCAUUUUGUAAGGGAUGUGAACUGAUUGGUCUAAAAUCUUUGACCUUCAGGCUUCACUGCAUCCUCCUUCGGAAUUGAACAAAUGAAAUUUUCUCUAACCCGCAUUCAGCUUCCAUUUCGAUGAAAUUUCUCAAAGAAUUGGAAGACAUCCUCUUUCAUAUAUGCCCAAAACUUCAGAAUAGCUUCAAUCAUGAAUCCAUCAGGCUCGGGAGCUUUAUUUUUCCCAAGAUUCUUUAAUUGGAAGACAUCCUCUUUCAUGUAAGAGACAUAUGCUAUAAGGAGUUCACUUUCCCCCAAUUUAAAUGUGCUGGAAAAGCCCCUGCACCUACUGAUUUUGUGUACAAAGCUGUGUAAAAUUUCAUAAUCAGCUCCUCCAUCUCCCAAAAUGACAAAAGAAUACUGCAAUCCUUGUCUACCAACUCCGCAAUCAGAUUUUUUCUCUUCUUUGCCGCCAAGAAACGAUAAAAGAAACUACUGUUCUCACCACCAAGCUUCAGCCAGUUUAGUUUUCUUUUUUGGAUCAAGUUCCUUUCAUCAUUCAUGAACCUUCCCAAUAAUUCUACCUUUAAUGACACACUCAAUUGAGAGGUCAAUCAAGCAUUGGUUUCUGCCCCACCCCCGCCUCCCGCCCCCACCCCCAUCAAAUCCUUCCAGCCUUUCCAACUGCACAAGAAAUAUGCGCCUCCCUCUCAUUUCUUUUCUAUUUACUUUGUACUUGCCAUUUUUUUUUGCUGCUUUUAGCUUCCUUAGUUUGGCCGAUAUGACAAAAUCAGUCCAGUUAUUAUUAGAUGGAGGUUUCCCAUAUUCGUUUCCAUUUCUUCCUGUCAUUAUCUACAUGAACACUCGAGUUAGCAUUCAGAUUUGGAUUCAUCAGGGCAUGGAUUUAAUCGAGUCUUCAUAUGCCUGAUUGGGUUAAUGGGUGGAAGAAGUCCUAACAGUGGCCGCAACUGGCAGCUGAGAGUUAUCGCUCCGAGAGAGAGAUUCCAAAACUUCAGAUGGUUUUGGACUAGAGCCACGAGGCAUCAACAAAUCCAAGAAGUUUGUGUACUUUCAGAAUUUUGUGAAGAUGAACUUUCCAGAUAAUGUAGUAGGAAGAGUACAAUUGUACAGAGACCAAGCUGCAAAUAAUUGAAAGCAACAAAAUGGGAGAAUGGACAUCCCAAGAGCUAUCAGCCAUGGAAAAGAAAAAAAAUAUUCAAGAAUUCAUGAAAAGUUGAGUAAGAGCGGAAGAGCAUGAAGAAUCAGAGUAAUGUACUUAGAUAGUUCUGGAGUUCAGGGUGACAUUCCCACAACAUUUUCAAAUCUUACAAAUUUGCAGACAGUAUUGGCAUCAGACAACAAACUCACCGGAGAAAUACCUGGAUUCAUUGGGAGUUGGCUAAAACUCAGAACAUUGAUGUUUCAAGGAAACUCUUUCACGGGACCAAUACCGUCAACAUUUUCAAAUUUGACAGCUAUGAAUGAUUUGAGAAUAGGUGAUCUAUCAAAUGGGGGGUCUUCCCUAGAAUUCAUCAAGAAUAUGACGUCUCUGCGGACCCUAGUUUUGAGGAAUAAUGGUAUAUCAGAUUUAAUUCCUUCCUACAUUGGAGAGUUUGAAGAAUUGACGUGGCUAGACUUGAGUUUUAACAAGUUAAAGGGAGAAAUUCCAGAGUGGCUUUUCAACUUGACUAAGCUGUCAUACUUGUUUCUUGGAAACAACAAGUUAACGGGUAGACUACCUCAAACUAAGUCUGACACUCUUCUUGUUAUAGACUUAUCAUACAAUGGUUUAUCAGGGACCAUUCCUGAAUGGGUCGAUGGUUCAACCUUACAGUUAAAUUUAGUUGCCAACAACUUCCUCUCAGAACAUGUGAAAGAGAGUAAUUUACCUUUGGGUUUGCACUGUCUUCAACGAGAAUUUUCUUGUAAUGGAACUUCUGGAGGUUCUAGUUUGAAACCUAGUUUUGGGAUCAACUGUGGAGGUUCAAAAUUUGAUGAGUAUGAUAAACAAAGUGCGAUUACUGGUGGAGCUUCAUAUUAUGUUAGUGACUCAGAAACUUGGGCUGUUAGUGAUGUUGGAAACUUCCCUAAUACCGAAAACUCUACUAGUUAUAACAGAGGCAAUAGAAACUCUACUAGUUAUAACAGAGACAGUGACACAACAGAAUAUACAUUUGCAAAUAGAAACGUCUCAGAACUUUUUUGGACACAAGAAUUAUCUACUUCAUCAUUGAGAUUUUACGGACUGGGACUUAAAAACGGGAUCUACACUGUGAACCUUCUGUUUGUAGAACAAGCUUUCACAAAUUUGUCGAAAUGGAGCAGCCUUGGGAGGCGGGUCUUUGAUAUAUAUAUUCAGGGGGAACUUUUCCAGGAGGAUUUUAGUAUUCAAAAUGAGGCAGGUGGGUCUUUUCGUCCUAUUUCAAAGCCAUUUAAGGUACCAGUUUCAAAAAACUACAUGGAAAUUCACCUUUUCUGGGCUGGGAAAGGUACUUGCUGCAUACCUAAAGACGGUACUUUUGGUCCUUCUGUUUCAGCAAUCUUUGCAAGUCUAGCAGAUUCUGAUCAGCCUGUAAGUAAUGCGAAGAAGGGAACUAGUCAAAUAAAGGGGACCGGUAGUAAGAAGAAUGCAGCCAUUCUAAUAGUGGGGAUUGUUGUUGGUGUAGGAUCUGUUUGCUUUCUAGUUUUCACAAUUUCCAUUCUUUUCUAUAGAAGGAAAGGUCGUUCCUCUGAAGAUGAAGAACUCUUCGGAAUUGAUGAUCAGAGACCUCACACUUAUAGUUAUUCUGAACUAAGGACUGCUACAGAGGAUUUUAGUUCAUCCAACAAGCUUGGAGAAGGGGGCUUUGGACCCGUUUACAAGGGAAUACUGAAUGAUGGAAGAGUAAUUGCUGUGAAGCAACUUUCUGUAAAAUCUAAUCAAGGAAGGAACCAAUUUGUGGCUGAGAUUUCUACAUUAUCCGCCGUGCAGCAUCGCAACCUCGUGAAGUUGCACGGGUGUUGCAUUGAGGGCCAAAAUCGUCUCCUUGUGUAUGAGUACCUGGAGAAAGGGAGUCUGGACCGAGCAUUAUUUGGAAAUAGAAGCUUCACUCUUGAUUGGCCAAAACGAUUUGAUAUAUGCUUGGGUGUGGCGAGGGGUCUCUCUUAUCUUCAUGAAGAAUCAAGGCUUCGAAUUGUUCAUAGAGAUGUUAAAGCCAGUAACAUUCUACUUGAUGCUGAUCUGAACCCCAAAAUUUCAGAUUUUGGUUUAGCCAAACUUUAUGAUGACAAAAAGACUCAUAUUAGCACCGUUGUUGCUGGAACAAUUGGAUAUCUUGCACCUGAGUACGCCAUGCGUGGCCAUCUAACGGAGAAAGCUGAUAUCUUUAGUUUCGGUGUCGUGGCUCUUGAAAUUGUCAGCGGUAGGCCGAAUUCCGACAGAAGCUUGGAGGAGGACAAAGUUUUUCUUCUUGAACUGGCUUGGUACCUCUAUGAAAACAAUCGUGAAAUCGAGUUGCUAGAUUCGGAUUUGUCGACAUUCAAUGAGGAUGAAGUAACACGAGUUAUUCGAGUAGGUCUAAUGUGCACUCAAACAACCCCAGCUCGACGGCCAUUGAUGUCACGGGUUGUGGCAAUGUUGUGUGGAGACAUUGAAGUGGCUGCUAUAACUUCAAAGCCAGGAUACUUAAGUGAAUGGACCUUCGAUGACUUGGUCACUUCUACAAAUGAUGCAACUACAGAAGGAUCCAGCACUACCCAUCAAGGUUCUUCAAGUUUUAGCAUCCAUGCUAACGAUGCAACCUCUUCAAAUUAAGGCAAUCCCAUACUUUAAAUUAUGGCUUUACUAUACUACGUUAUUUGGAGACUUAAUUUACACAAAUCUGUAUAUUUUUAUCAAUUUUUCAGGUUUGUUUGGUUCGUUGGUAGUUUAGUUCACAGACCAUACAAUAGUGAUUCUUAGCCUUAAAUAUAUUGUAGUAUUUAUUUAUGUGUACAAACAAUAUCCCAGAUAGUAGAUGUUUAUCAUUGUGUAGUUUAAUUCAUAGACCAUAGAAAUGUUACAUAGUUUAUUAUAAAUAAAUUUGAGUGUCCUUGCAAUUCA